CGCCGCGCGAUGACCGAUGUCACGCGUAUAAUCCGACUCCGUGAAGACAAGCCGGCACGACAGGGAACCACCCUCCAGAAAGGAUCCAUUGGCAACGACCUCUGGAACAGCCUGCUUGCUGCCGAGAAGGAGUUCGAAGCCGAGAUCCUCGAGGUCACCACAGAGGCCAACGCCUACGUCGAGGGAUGGAGCACCGUCAUAUUCCAGACCGCAACAGAGAUGAUGCACAACGAGACGAUGCGCUCCGUCGUAGAGCAGAUCCCCCACUAUUCGAGCCGAAGCUGGUGCGUGCAUGUGCCGCGUGCGCUCUCCUUGUCGACAUGA